CGGUCCGACUCUACGCACAACACCAUAUUCUAUGUAGUGCCACAAGAAGCACUUGACACGGACCUUCUUCUUGGUUGCGAGGACUCUGGUGAAGGCAUUCCAGGUGCGUAUAUACAUAUUCACUAUGGUCAAGGAAGAUCCUUUGGCUGAUUAGAUGCGCCCUUCGACCAGACUAUCAGCCUACCAUUGUUCCUGAAUCGCAAGCUCGACAGAACCCACUUCACCAAGAAUACAGGCAGGACAUGCGUCCUCCAGCACCAACACCACCUUCCGUAUCGUUUCACCGUUCAGCAAUGACUCACGGCGGAUCCGCUCGCGCAAGCCCCGUUCAUCCUCAAAACGAGCAAUACCAUCCACAUCAUUUGGUAGAGCCCUUGAUCUCUCGACAGCGGACAUAUGGAACAGCAGUACAAAGUCAACAGCCUUCACCAGCCCCUACGGUUCUGGGCUCGCACAUUGAGCACCCACAGCCUCUUCGACCAAACAUCGCUGCAGCAAGCCCUGUCCAAGACGCCGAUCCCAACAAAAACGCUGGUAGAAUCAGAUUGAGUAUCUCAUGGGACGUGACCACUUUCAACGUAUGGCUGGAUCUGAACGCACAUUGCGAUGCUUUCUAUAAAGCCUUCCAACAACAGGCCGCAAAGCAGCGCAAGAGCAUACUCGACCGAGCUACCAUCACAAUACAACUGAAGAAUGAUAAGAACAUGCCAGACGAGGAAGCCUGCCCCCUCUCACUUGCCGAAGAUGACUUGGAAGCAGAUUGGGAGAUGAUCACUGAAUGGUUGGAGGCAAAUAGGAGAGACAAAUCGCCUCAUAUCUAUGGCGUGGUAGAGAUGGAAGAAGGGUGAAGGUCUACCCUUCCCUCUGGACCUUCGGUUCAGAAUUUCAUGCGAUAACCCCUCCACUGAUUGUUGCUUGAGGUCGCGAGCGCUCUUCAAGAGGCUAUCGUGACUCCCGUCACCACUGGAAUAUUGUACGAAGACGUAUACCCUCCGCAUACGACAUGUCCAGGAGGAUCAAGGUCAGUGUCAGGUUUUGAAUCGGGUCAGAGAUACACGAGGUCUAAUGAGCAACAGCUAGAGACAAGGAACCCAGCGGCACGAACAGAAGGCUGGCGCUCGAGCUGAGCAAGACGGAAUAAGUUUUAACCAUAUAUGAAUCUUUCGGACCAGUGUAAAGAUCCAUCUACAUCUUUAGACACAUUAA